AUGUCUAACACCUUCACCUUCGAGACCAUCCCCGCUGCGCAGGUCACUGAGACAAUGCUUGACCAAGCGGCGGCCCUUUUCUCCUCCGCUUACGGUAUUUGGAGCCCGGAGGCUGAGAAAAACAUGGGCAAAUACUGUAAACCAGGGAAGCGCGUCAAGAUGUCUGUCGAGCGUCUGAGGGAGCAGUCUCUCGCUCCAGGCACCAAUAGUGUGCUUGUUCGUAGUAUAGAUGGAGACAAGCUUGCAGGAUAUGCAUUCGCUACGCGUUGGAUGUAUGAGGGCCGCCAGAUUUGCUGGGUCACCCAACUUUGCGUCAGUCACGAGUACCGCGGUAGGAAGCUUGCGACACAGAUCUUGAUUCGUUUGCGUGAGGGCCAGAACGACCGCGGCUUCGGCAUCUUGUCAUCACAUCCGGCAGCUAUCCUAGGAGCCCUACGUGCCUGGGGUAGGGGCAUCGAGGAUGUCAAUAUGGAAAUAGCAAAAGAGCAUGCUGCUGGAAUUAUGGCUGCAUCGCCCGUCAAAUAUGUGAGGGAUGCUAAGCUCAAGGGCAGUUUGUUCGGUAGUGGCGACGAUGGCACGGUGUGCUGUGCGGAUACGAGCUUCUGGGUUGACCAUGCUGAGCCUUUUGCUGCACUUGCAGAGAUCAAGAAGAGGGCCACAUGGCCUUUUGGUGAUCUCCCUGAGGGCUGUGAAUUUUUGGUUCUGGCACAGCACCUUGACCUCAAAAACACCAUUUCAUCUCAUUACAUUACUUGCGAAGCUCAGAUUGAGUCUUCUGUUUCUCGAACUCUAUAA